GUCGAGCGUUCGUUUGAUUAGAACGUCACGUUAUCAUUACGCAAAUGAGUUGCAGAUUCUCAAACAAUCAGAGACGAGCGCGUGAAAGUACCGCAGAGUUGACCUGGAGCCAGCAGUCUGAGGGGUUGAGGAGCGACCAUCCCUGCCUCCUCCCCCUCUACAUCAGCAUGACAAAGCACUGGGGGGGUCCGGGCUUGUUGGCACCACCCGUGAUCACUGUAGGAGCAGGAGCCCAACACGACCAUCACCUUGACUGCAGAACCAGCUAUUCUUCUUCCAACCCCAGCUGUCACUGCUCCACAAGCCCACUGCUGGAGGUCGGUGGCCGGCUGGAUAAGUCCACAGGGAUGGCGCAGGACUCCUGUUACAGAGCCAAACCGUCGGUUCAGAGCGCAUGGGGAAUGCAGGAUGGGAACUCAAGUGGAGGAAAGAAGAAGAACUAUCAGCGUUAUCCCAAACCACCUUACUCUUACCUAGCUAUGAUUGCCAUGGUCAUCCAGAACUCUCCGGAGAAGAAGCUCACUUUGUCAGAGAUUCUGAAGGAGAUCAGCACUCUCUUUCCAUUCUUCAAGGGAAAUUACAAAGGCUGGAGGGACUCAGUCCGACACAACCUGUCAUCUUACGACUGCUUCGUGAAGGUGCUUAAGGAUCCUGGUAAACCCCAAGGUAAAGGGAACUUUUGGACUGUAGAAGUGAGCCGAAUUCCCCUGGAGCUGCUGAAAAGGCAAAAUACGGCAGUGUCCCGUCAGGAUGAAACUAUUUUUGCUCAGGACCUGGCCCCGUACAUCUUUCAAGGGUACGCUCAGUCGAACAAAUCCAAAACUCUGCCCGCUGACCUCUCGUUACCCCCUGUCCCCACCCGUCACAGCCCACCCCCAUCAGAGGACCCCUAUCGUCCCAAACUGGACUCCACGUUUGCUAUAGAUUCUCUCCUGCAUAGCCUCAGGCCUGCCAAUUCUGCUGGGGAAGGGCUACGAGAGAGAGAAAAUUGGGGCAUCGGGCCUCCUCCGCACACUCGCUCUACCACUCCACCACUUCCUUGUAACGGCUCGUAUAAUUGCAGCUCGUCAACCAGCUCCGUCAGUCCUGCGUCGGAUUUGUCAGACGAGGACUGGAGAGCGGUGACACUUGUUGGGAAAAGAUCAGGUGAUCGAGGACCAAUUUCAGACGGAUACAGUGACUCUUGCCCCCCGCCAAACAAAAGCUCAAAAUGUAGCACCACACCUCCGUGGGAGCUGCCGACUUCCUACGCCAAGUACACCCCUCCCAACGCGGUAGCCCCUCCUAGCAUGCGCUUUAAUGGAAACCCGUUCAUGCCACUGGGCGGUAUUCCGUUCUACGGUUACGGUGGUGCACACGUCACUUCAUCACACUUGAUUGGUCACCCUUACUGGCCCAUCCUACCAAGUGGACCAGUUUCCAUACAAGCCCCGCCCCUCCUCAUGGACUUGGACAGUAUGCUGCAAUCUGUUCCGCCCAAUAAGAGCGUGUUUGAUGCGCUUGGCUCCAAUAAUCAGACUGCUCAUCCACCUCCAAACCAGUAUGCCCUUCAGAACGGGCCUUCCCUUUGCAAAUAUUCUCUUUAAACUAUGCACAAAAUUGUCCUAGAAGAACAUGGCUUCUCAUCUUUGGCACUGCUCGGGUUUCACAAAGACUUGCAACCACUGAUGCUGCUCAUUACUGUAUACUCAGUCGUUGAAUUGUCUCAGGGAAUUCUUUGAGAAAAUCCCUCUGUGAACUGAACAGAUACAGGGCCAAUAUUGACCAAAGAAUCUAUCCAACCAAGGUUUGUUUACACUGUUGUAACUUCUGUCCAUUCAUGUGACUUUCUUUGACACAAUUACUACCUCAGACUUUUAAUGUCAAUGGGGAGGCACAUUGGCUGCUCAUGUUUCCUGAAUGGACCCUUGUAAUGUUUGGGGACAAUCUAUGAAAUGCUUGACAAGACCAAUUGAAUGUUGUCCGUUUAUAAGCUUGAAGUAUGGUGUGUGUGGUUGCUUUACCUCCCUAAAAAUCAACCAGAAAUGGUGUGCUGGACAUUUGUUAGGAUUAGGGAUGUUUGUGUGUGAAUGUGUACUUUUGAAACUGUAAGGAACCUGCAAAGUUUACAUAAAGAAGGCCAUGAAUGUG